AUGGCCGCCACCAUUUUCCCUCCGGCCUCGGCCCGCCUCGUCGGCUCCGAUGACGAGGGCCUCAUGGCUCUCGAGCUUCCGGACGGCUCCGUCUACCAGGGUUACAGCUUUGGUGCUCAGAAGAGCAUUGCCGGCGAGCUGGUUUUCCAGACUGGCAUGGUGGGGUAUCCGGAGUCGGUGACAGACCCCUCGUACCGCGGCCAGAUUCUGGUGAUCACCUUCCCCCUCGUCGGCAACUAUGGUGUCCCCUCGCGGGAGACCAUCGACGAGCUCCUGGGCGACCUGCCCGCCCACUUCGAGUCCUCCCAGAUCCACGUCGCUGGUCUGGUCGCCUCCUCCUACGCCGGCGAGGACUACUCCCACUUCUUGGCCGAGUCCUCCCUCGGCACCUGGCUCAAGGAGCAGGGCGUUCCCGCCAUCUACGGCGUUGAUACCAGAGCGCUCACCAAGCGCCUCAGAAGCCAGGGCAGCACGCUGGGCCGUUUGCUGCUCCAGAACAAGACCAUCACCAACGGCACCACCCACGGCCAUGUCAAUGGUCUCGCCUCCUUCUCCGCCGAUGAUUUCCAGACCGUAGACUGGGUGAACCCCAAUGAGAAGAACCUCGUAGCUGAGGUGUCCAUUAAGGCUCCCAAGCUCUACAAGCCUCCCGCGAGCGUCGCCGUGAAGAAGCACCCGUCCGGUAGACCCAUCCGUGUUCUCUGCCUGGAUGUCGGUAUGAAGUACAACCAGCUGAGGUGCUUCCUCAAGCGUGGUGUUGAAGUCCUCGUGUGCCCCUGGGACCACGAUCUCGUAAAACAAGCCGGUGAAGAAUACGACGGUCUCUUCCUGUCCAACGGUCCCGGUGACCCAGCCAUGCUCGACAUCACCGUCAAGAACAUUCAGGCCGCCAUGGAGAAGACCAAGACCCCCGUCUUCGGUAUCUGCUUGGGUCACCAGCUGCUUGCCCGCGCCUCUGGAGCCAAGACCGAGAAGAUGAAGUUCGGUAACAGAGGUCACAACAUCCCCUGCACGAGCAUGAUCUCCGGAAAGUGCCACAUCACCUCGCAGAACCACGGUUUCGCCGUCGACUCCAGCUCUCUCACGGCCGACUGGAAGGAGCUCUUCGUCAACGCCAACGACGGUAGCAACGAGGGUAUUGCCCACCUUUCCAAGCCCUACUUCAGUGUCCAGUUCCACCCCGAGAGCACACCCGGUCCUCGUGACACUGAGUACCUUUUCGAUGUCUUCAUCAGCACUAUCCAGGACUGCGCCGCCGACCCCAAGAAGCUCAACGCCCCUGUCAGCUUCCCCGGCGGCACCAUCGAGGAGAACGAGCGUCUGCACCCUCGUGUCCACCCCCGCAAGGUCCUUGUCCUCGGUAGCGGUGGUCUGAGUAUCGGACAGGCUGGAGAGUUCGACUACUCCGGUUCCCAGGCUAUCAAGGCCUUGAAGGAGGAAGGCAUCUACACCGUCCUCAUCAACCCCAAUAUUGCCACCAUCCAGACGUCCAAGGGUCUGGCCGACAAGGUCUACUUCUUGCCCGUCAACGCCGACUUCGUCCGCAAGGUCAUCCAGUACGAGAGACCCGAUGCCAUCUACGUCACCUUCGGUGGCCAGACCGCGCUCCAGGUCGGUAUCCAGCUGAAGGACGAGUUCGAGGAGCUCGGUGUCAAGGUCUUGGGUACUCCCAUCGACACCAUCAUCACCACUGAGGACCGUGAGCUCUUCGCUCGCAGCAUGGACUCCAUCGGCGAGAAGUGCGCCAAGUCUGCUUCUGCCAGCAACGUCGAGGAGGCCAUGUCCUGCGUCAAGGACAUUGGCUUCCCCGUCAUUGUCAGAGCUGCUUACGCCUUGGGUGGUCUCGGCAGUGGUUUCGCCAACAACGAGGCCGAGCUUCUUGACCUUUGCAACAAGGCCUUCGCCGCCAGUCCCCAAGUCCUUAUCGAGCGCAGUAUGAAGGGUUGGAAGGAAAUCGAGUACGAGGUCGUCCGUGAUGCUCAGGACAACUGUAUCACGGUGUGCAACAUGGAGAACUUCGACCCUCUCGGUAUUCACACCGGUGACUCCAUCGUUGUCGCCCCUUCCCAGACCUUGUCUGACGAGGACUACAACAUGCUGCGCACCACGGCUGUGAACGUCAUUCGUCACUUGGGCGUCGUCGGAGAGUGCAACAUCCAGUACGCCCUGAACCCCUUCUCCAGGGAGUACUGCAUUAUCGAGGUCAACGCCAGACUGUCGAGAUCCUCCGCGCUGGCAUCCAAGGCUACCGGUUACCCCUUGGCCUUCAUCGCUGCUAAGCUCGGUCUCGGCAUUCCCCUGAAGGACAUCAAGAACAGCGUCACCAAGUCGACCUGCGCGUGCUUCGAGCCUUCCCUCGAUUACGUCGUUGUCAAGAUGCCUCGUUGGGACUUGAAGAAGUUCACCCGUGUCUCUACCCAGCUGGGCUCUUCCAUGAAGAGUGUCGGUGAGGUCAUGAGCAUCGGCAGGAGUUUCGAGGAAGCCAUCCAGAAGGCUAUCCGCGCCAUUGAUUUCCACAACCUCGGCUUCGGCGAGACCAAGGCCUUGAUGUCCAUCGACGACGAGCUCCAGACCCCCUCUGACCAGCGCCUCUUCGCCAUUGCUAACGCCAUGCACACUGGCUACACCGUCGACAAGAUCUGGGAGCUCACCAAGAUCGACAAGUGGUUCCUGCACAAGCUCAAGGGCUUGAGCGACUUCUCCAAGAAGAUGACCAACUACACCACCAGCGACAUCUCCAAGUCCCCUGAUAUUCUCCUUCAGGCCAAGAGACUUGGUUUCUCUGAUCGCCAGCUUGCCAAGUUCUGGAGCUCCAACGAGAUUGCUGUGCGCACUCUGAGACAGGAGGCAAACAUCAUGCCCUUUGUCAAGCAAAUUGACACUGUUGCUGCUGAGUUCCCUGCUUUCACCAACUACUUGUACCUGACGUACAACGCCUCAGAGAGCGAUGUCUCCUUUGAUGAUCACGGUAUCAUGGUCCUGGGAUCUGGUGUCUACCGUAUCGGUUCCUCUGUCGAGUUCGACUGGUGCUCCGUCCGCGCCAUUCGCACCCUGCGCCAGGAUGGCUUCAAGACCAUCAUGGUUAACUAUAACCCCGAGACGGUUAGUACUGAUUACGACGAAGCUGAUAAGCUCUAUUUCGAGGUCAUCAGCUUGGAGUCCAUUCUCGACAUUUACCAGUUGGAGGAUGCUGCUGGUAUCCUUGGUGCCAUGGGUGGUCAGACCCCCAACAACAUCGCUCUGCCUCUGCACCGUGCCGGUGUCAAGGUCCUCGGUACUUCUCCUGAGAUGAUUGACAACGCCGAAAACCGCUACAAGUUCUCUCGUAUGCUGGAUACCAUUGGUGUUGACCAGCCCACGUGGAAGGAGUUGACCAGCUUCGAGGAGGCUAAGAAGUUCUGCCAGGCUGUGUCCUACCCUGUCCUGGUGCGACCUUCUUACGUCCUUUCUGGUGCUGCCAUGAACACCGUCUACUCCGAGCAGGACCUCGAGAACUACCUUGCUCAGGCUGCCGAGGUUUCGCGCGAUCACCCCGUUGUCAUCACCAAGUACAUCGAGAACGCCAAGGAGAUCGAGAUGGAUGCCGUUGCCAAGGACGGUGUCGUGAUCGGCCACUUCAUCUCCGAGCACGUCGAGAACGCCGGUGUUCACUCUGGUGACGCUACUCUCAUCCUCCCUCCCCAGGACUUGGAACAGGAGACUAUUGCCAGAAUCGAGGAGGCUACUCGCAAGAUUGGUGCUGCUCUGAACGUUACCGGUCCCUUCAACAUUCAGUUCAUCGCCAAGGACAACGACAUCAAAGUCAUUGAGUGCAACGUUCGCGCCUCCCGAUCUUUCCCCUUCGUCUCCAAGGUCAUGGGUGUCGACCUGAUCGAGAUGGCCACCAAGGCUAUCACCGGCAGGCCUUUCGUCGAGUACCCCCCCACCACGAUCCCUCCCGACUGCGUGGCUUGCAAGGUCCCCCAGUUCAGUUUCUCCCGUCUGUCUGGCGCCGAUCCUGUUUUGGGUGUUGAGAUGGCUUCCACCGGUGAGGUUGCUUGCUUCGGUGUUGACAAGUACGAGGCCUACCUCAAGGCUCUGAUGUCCACCGGAUUCAAGAUCCCCAAGGCCAACAUCCUCCUGUCCAUGGGUUCUUACAAGGACAAGAAGGAGAUGCUGCCUUCCGUGGAGAAGCUUGCUCGCCUCGGCUACAAGCUGUUUGCCACCGCCGGUACCGCUGAUUUCCUCCAGGAGCACAACAUUCCCGUGCAGUACCUGGAGGUCCUCGCCAACGAGCAGGAGGACCAGCGCUCCGAGUUCUCUCUCACUCAGCACUUGGCCAAGAACAUGAUUGACUUGUACAUCAACCUGCCUUCCAACAACAAGUACCGUCGUCCUGCCAACUACAUGAGCAAGGGUUACCAGACCAGACGUAUGGCUGUUGACUACCAGAUUCCUCUGGUCACCAACGUCAAGAACGCCAAGAUCCUUGUCGAGGCCAUUGCCCGCCACUUCGGCUUGGAUGUGGCUACUCGUGACUUCCAGACCAGCCACCGCACCAUCACUCUGCCUGGUUUGAUCAAUGUCGCGGCCUUCGUUCCUGGUAUCGCCACCCAGGCCAGCAAGGAUCUCCAGGCUGUCACCAAGGCCUCGAUCUCGGCUGGUUUCUCCAUGGUCCGCAUCAUGCCCGUCGGUGUCAACGGCUCCAUCACGGAUGCUGUCACCCUGAAAGUCGCUCAGCAGAGCAGCAAGGCUGGUGGCUACUGCGAUUUCAACUUCUCCGUCACUGCCACCUCGGACAACUCUGACCAGAUCAGCCACGUCACUGGUGAAGUUGGUUCGCUCUUCAUCCCCUUCAACCACCUGUCUGGAAACAUCAGCAAGGUCGCCGCUGUGACUGCCCACUUCGACAAGUGGCCCACACACAAGCCCAUCGUCACCGACGCCAAGCUGACUGACCUGGCCUCCAUCCUGCUCCUGGCCAGCCUGCACAACCGCAGAAUCCACGUCACCUCUGUCUCCACCAAGGAUGACAUCAAGCUGAUUGCCCUUAGCAAGGCCAAGGGCUUGAAGGUUACUUGCGACGUCUCCAUCUUCUCCCUGUACCUCUCCCAGAACGACUUCCCCGACUGCGCUCUCCUCCCCACCGAGGCUGACCAGAACGCUCUCUGGGAGUACCUGAGCACGAUUGACGUUUUCUCCAUUGGCAGCUUGCCUUACCAGCUUGCCAGCUCCCUCGGCAAGGGCGCCGAUCCCUCGGUUGGCAUCGCCGAUGCUCUGCCUCUCCUGCUGACCUCCGUCACCGAGGGCAAGCUGACCAUUGAGGACAUCAAGGCCCGCCUCUAUGACAACCCUAAGGAGAUCUUCGAGCUGCACGAGCAGGUCGGCACCAGCGUCGAGGUCGAGAUUGAUCGUCCCUACGGUGUUCAGUCGACCUCCGCCAGCUGGUCUCCCUUCCAGGGCCGCACCAUGCGUGGUUCCGUCCAGCGUGUGACCUUCCAGGACAAGACCGUGUGCUUGGAUGGAGAGCUGCUCUCUCUGCCUGCCCUUGGCAAGGACAUGUCGACUCACGGCGCUCUGCCCAUGUCGCCCACCAUCAAGCCUCAGCUCCAGUCCAUGACUCACCCUGAGAGCCCCCGCGACCGUCGUCCUUCCAUGUUCAACACCUCCAGGCCGUCCAAGCUUCGCUCUGCAGAUGGUAGUGUCCCUAACAAGAGCGUCAGCACCUUCGACGAGCUCAGCUUGCCGCCCCUGCACCCCGCCAUCGGCUCCAAGCUUCACGACCUCCUGUCUCAGCCUUCCUCAUGGAAGCGCCACAGCGUCUUGUCGGUGACUCAGUACACUCGUGCUGAUCUCCACCACCUCUUCACCGUGGCCCAGCAGAUGCGUCUGGGUGUCCAGCGUGAGGGUGUUCUGAACAUCCUGCGUGGCCGUGUCCUCUGCACUCUGUUCUACGAGCCUUCUACCCGCACCUCGGCUUCUUUCGAUGCCGCGAUGCAGAGACUUGGUGGACGCACCGUCGUCAUCUCCACCUCGCACUCUUCCGUCCAGAAGGGCGAGACGCUCCAGGACACUCUCCGCACUCUCGGCUGCUACGGUGACGCCGUUGUCCUCCGUCACCCUGAGGAGUCCAGCGUCGAGGUUGCCCGCAGAUACGCCCCUGUCCCCGUCAUCAACGGCGGCAACGGCAGCAAGGAGCACCCCACUCAGGCUUUCCUGGAUCUCUUCACCAUCCGUGAGGAGCUGGGCACUGUUCAGGGCCUGACCAUCACCUUCGUGGGUGACCUUCUCUACGGCCGCCCUGUCCACUCCCUCAUCUACCUCCUCCGCGACUACGGCGUGCAGGUUCAGCUCGUCUCUCCCAAGGGACUUGCCCUGCCCGCCGAGGUCCGCCAGUACCUCAUCGCUUCCGGACAGCUGCUCUGCGAGUCUGAGGAGCUCACGCCCGAGAUCCUCGGCCGCAGCGAUGUUCUCUACUGCACUCGUGUCCAGAAGGAGCGCUUCCCGAGCGUCGAGGAGUACGAGAAGGUCAAGAACUCGUACCGCAUCGACAACCGCACCCUCAAGUCGGCCAAGAAGGACAUGUGCAUCCUGCACCCCCUUCCCAGGAACGAGGAGAUCGCGCCGGAGGUCGACACCGACCAGCGUGCGGCCUACUUCAGACAGAUGAGAUAUGGUCUGUACUGCCGCAUGGCGUUGCUUGCUCGUAACUACCAAAACUUCCUCUACCUUAUGCGGCCCGGUCUAGCCAACAGGAUAUCGAGAUCGCUCAAGAUGGCUCUUCAUCCCCCGCCAGAGAGCGAGAAGCUCAUUUUCGCCCCCGCCGGCUCGGCGCAAAACACGCGCGCAGACCAAUUCACCCUCUCGGCGCUGCACCGGCGCGACCUGGACCCCUCGGGCUCCCCGAUCCCGCAGUUCAACGCCUGGUUCCGGGCGGCGCAGGACUCCCGCGCCGUCGCGCACCCGGAGACGUGCACGCUCUCGACGGCGUCGCUCCCCUCGGGCCGCGUCUCCGCCCGCAUGGUCUACCUCAAGGAGCUCGACGCCCGCGGCGGCUUCGUCGUCUACACCAACCUCGGCACCUCGCGCAAGGCCGCCGACCUCGCGUCGAACCCGCACGCCGCCCUGACCUUCUGGUGGGAGGCCCUGCAGCGCCAGGUCCGCGUCGAGGGCGCAACCGAGAGGCUGAGGCCCGAGGAGAGCCAGGUCUACUACGACACCCGCGUGCGCGGCAGCCGGAUCGGGGCGUGGGCCAGUCGGCAGAGCCAGGUCCUCGAGCCGAAGAAGGACGACGGGAAGGAAGAGAAUGACGACGGGAGGGCGCAACUGGAGGGCUGGGUGAAGGAGGUCGAGGAGCGGUUCGAGGGGCAGGAGAAGAUCCCGGUGCCCGAGUUCUGGGGCGGGUUGAGGAUUGUGCCGGACCGGAUCGAGUUCUGGCAGGGCCGGGAGAGCCGGCUUCAUGAUCGGUUCGUGUACGACAAGGUAGAGGGCGAGGAGAACAAAUGGACGAUCAACAGGCUUAGUCCCUGA